CAAAUGCAAAUGUAGCCCAACUUUGGUUUGUAAACAAGGCAAUUUUAAAUAAUCUAAUCCAUUUAACGGUGUCCACUGUGAGGUCCAGUCCAGCUGUCUCUGCUCCAUUCACACUUAAUUAACGGGAUCAGGUGUGUUGAGAUAAUUGAGCGUCUCUCAGGUGGAACAUUUAGUGCAUCGUUGGCCCGAUAAUUGGCCCCACUGGCAGAAGCUAUUUACAGUAUGUUUUUCUUUUAUGCUCGGGAGUUUGCAUCCCAUCAGGGGUCUAUAAGCUCAAAAGGGGACAUUUCUGUCUUAUUUCCUCAGAGAAAAACAGUCCCGAGUUUGUCUCCGCCUGGUGGCCACAUAGCGUGUGAGCAGAGAGAGAGAGAGAGAGAGAGAGAGAGAGGUAGAGAGUGAACGCACACGGAGCUCAGAGCAUGUCGCCUCCUGUUGCUGCGCCUCACUGUGGGAUCUGCUGUCGACCUUUCAGACCGUUCACAUGAACGCAGAAAGCGGGUUUUUUUUACGCGUUUACUCGCUAUGUUGAACCCGGAGGUUUGGCGGAGUGAGCCAGCACAGCGUCUGCUCUGAGUCUGGAGCUGGUGGGGGGUGUGGGGGGGGACCAGGCUUGUGAUUCAAGGGGGAAUCUUUUUUUUUUUUUUUUUUUUAACACAACUUGGCAGACUUGGCGUUUGCUGCUGCUGGAGCUGUUUGUUUGCAGAGAAAGUGUGAAAACAAGUGUCAGCGAGAGAGCAACAGAUGUUUUUGGUGGAAAUGCGGCCGUCUGAAGAAUGAGAGCAGCAGCGAGGCACCGGCGGCCCUUCCAGCGGUUCUGCUGCUGUGGAGUCGGGCUGGUCGCAGUCAUUUGGCUCGCACAGGUCAUCCAGGCACCAGAGUCGGAGUCUUCCGGGUUUCUGCCAGGCGUGAACGGUGAGGAGCUGCGAUGGACUCGCCGGCUGAUGCAGGACAAGUCAGACAACCAGAGCGUGGAUCAGCCUCGAGCAGCCAUCCACGAGUUUCCAGAGGACAUCUUUACCAAGGAGCAGAGGAAGAAGGGGGCUGUUUGUCUGCAUGCACUCUGUGCCAUCUACAUGUUCUACGCUCUGGCCAUCGUCUGUGACGACUACUUUGUCCCUUCCCUUGAGAAAAUAUCCGAGAACCUGCAGCUCAGUGAAGAUGUGGCUGGGGCGACAUUUAUGGCUGCAGGCAGCUCUGCUCCAGAGCUUUUUACCUCUCUCAUUGGUGUUUUCAUCACCAAAGGAGACGUUGGAGUUGGCACCAUUGUGGGCUCUGCCGUCUUCAACAUCCUGGUCAUCAUUGGCCUGAGUGGGAUCUUUGCAGGCCAGACAGUGAUUUUGACGUGGUGGUCCCUUUUUAGAGAUUCCUCCUACUACAUCCUCUCUGUACUGGCUCUCAUCAUGGUUAUCUAUGAUGCCACAGUUGUCUGGUGGGAGUCGCUGCUCCUCAUGACUAUGUAUGGAAUCUACAUUAUAAUCAUGAAGUUCAACUCCCAGCUUCUGGCGUUUGUGACGCGUCAGCUCAAUAGCUCCAGGCCGUGCUGCCACGGAUCAGAGAAUCACAGAGAAGACAAGAUGGUAGAGGAUGCCUCUGCUUGCAACACCUCAAUGGUGCUUCUUAACAAAGUCCAAGCCCAUGAUCGGGAGGCUCCUCCAGUCAUCAUGGUGGACGAGCUUCUCAUCCUCAACCCCCACAAACUGUCCUUCUCUGACGCCGGCCUGCGUAUCAUGAUUACCCCCCACUUCUCUCCCCGCACCAGGCUCUCCAUGGCAGGACGCAUGGUCAUCAGUGAGAGACAGAGGCUGAUCCAGAGUUCAAAGAAUCAGUGGGACGGUGAGGCCGGCCCGGGCUCACGAGGGGGAUCAACCAGUAACAGCCUGAAGAGGAGGGGCUCCUGCAGUCUGGAGAACGGAGGCAAGAGUCCUGGGAUAGGAGACGCAGGGUCAGGAGAUAAGCCAGGAGUCGAGGUGGGCCAGACGGAGGAAGAGGAGGAGGAUGGAUAUGGGAUUUUCAGCCCUGUGCGCAUACCAGGUGGCUGCUGUGCGCGGGUGAGGUGGCUAAUCAAGUGGCCUCUGGGCCUCCUGCUCUACUGCACUGUGCCUAAUUGUAUCCAGCCACGCUGGCACCGCUGGUUCAUGGUCACCUUCGUGGCCUCCACCCUGUGGAUCGCUAUCUUCUCCUACCUCAUGGUGUGGAUGGUCACUAUCAUCAGUUACACUCUAGACAUCCCAGACUACAUCAUGGGUAUAACCUUCCUGGCAGCAGGGACCAGUGUGCCAGACUGCAUGGCAAGUCUGAUUGUAGCCCGACAAGGCAUGGGGGACAUGGCGGUGUCUAACUCCAUAGGCAGCAAUAUAUUUGACAUCCUGCUGGGUUUGGGUUUCCCCUGGGCUUUGCGUACCCUUGUGGUGGAACACGGAUCAUCAGUCUCCAUAAAUAAUAAAGGACUUGUGUAUUCAGUCGUCCUGCUGCUGGCAUCCGUGUUUCUGACGGUGAUGAGUGUUCAUCUGAACCACUGGAGGCUGGAUCGCCGGCUGGGUGUGGGGCUGUUGUUUCUCUAUGCUAUCUUCCUGCUCUGCUCCAUCCUCUUCGGGCAGAUGUGAGGCCUUAAGGUCAAAUGUCAAACCUGUAUGACAACAUGAUGAGUACCUACCUUUCUACCACUCGUCCUCUUUCCUGAAGCCAAAAAAGAGUGACCGCAUUGUUGUGUUUCUUGUGAGAGUUUCUGUGCACCUCUGUAGGACUCACUAGGGUGAUACUGUACACAUGCAACUACACGAACACACACUAAAGUCUUUUAUCAACAGCACAAGUAUCUAAUUGGGUGACUUGCCAAAAUAUUUAAUGACAUGACAGAUGGAAGUAGCAGGCUUGUUGGGCCUUUAAUAUAAAUAUGAAACAGGAAGUGAUGCCAACAUAAAAACGGCUCAUUAAUAUUUGGUACUAUUUAUUUUAAUUAAUGUGAAAUCACUAUUUCAUUAAAGCAAUAAGUCAUUAGAAUUUUAGAUUCACAGUCAUUUGAAAAAAAGUCUUGCUUGCUGUCACUGCCGCUCUUUUCAUCUUUUGAAUGUAUUUAUCAUAUUUUAAAUAGUCAUGCUCUGAAAGCUGCUGCAGCCCAGCAAAAUAACCACAGGGUUAUGUAGUAGUUGAUUUAACAACACAGCAAUCAAAGUUAUUUAGUUUAGGCAGUGAAUCCACAUAUUGUCUAUCCAUCAGUUUAUGUUUGGUGAGGAGUGUUCAAUAGCGUAUGUCUCUAGCAACAGUAAUCAAACAGUUUGAGAAUGUACUUAUGAAGCAGACGGCUGCAGUUGUGAUUUACAGGAGGGUAAAUGAGAGAGUACCCAAUUGAAAUCCUAGAGGACUACAGUAAAGAACACAUUUUCUUUAGAAUAGGUCAGAGACCAGGAUGUCUAGCAAAAGGCUGAAAUCCAUAGUUGGCUGUGGAUAAAUUGAUAUUGUCUUAAUUUGAAGAAACAAAUCAAAUUUAUAAAGGAUUUAAGGAAUAUGCUGAGAAGUGUUCAAAGUUUAGGGCCAUCUCAAAAGAUUUGGGUAAAAGGUUGAACAGUUUUUCUCUGUACUUUUCACAGAUGUUAACUAACGGUACUGUGAUCUGCCAUGUCAUGCUUGGACCUAUUGUUAAAGAUAAAAAAAACAUUUCAAAUUCAAAUUGUCUGUUGGCCUUAGAUUUGACCACCCUUGUAUGUUUUGAAUGUACAACCUGUACCACUAGUGUGGAGAUAUUCACAUGCAUUCAAAUGUAGCAGGUGGCAGUGAAUUACAGCAAAGACCCUCUGAACAGAUGGUGAGGUACUUUACUCCCAGAAUAAAAGACACCAUGUAUGUGUCAGUAGACUUUUAGAAUAUAAACAAUGAUAUGAAAAUGCACAUUAUUGUGACAAUAUUUUGCCUAACCACCUAUAAGCAAGUAUUGGUACAGCUUAUUGUACGUAAAGAGAUUAACUUUGUGUUACAGUAUUUUUAGAGUUCUUAUAACUAUGAAAUCUAAUAUAUAAUGUAUGUGUCACAAUCUUUGAUGACUUUGAGUGCAGGUUAGCUGUAAUGCGUCACGUUUAGGUACAACAAUCGAUGUUUGUAUUGUUUCUUGUACAUUUUAUGAGAUUAUUUAACUUUGGUGGAACAUUUUUACCUGGAUCAGGACAGAAGCAGCACAUUAUAUUCUCACACAUGCAAAUACUGUAUUUGUUUGUGUGGUAUGGCCAAUAAUACUAUAUAUUUUAUAUUUGUAUAAACCCAUUGCUCCUUUGCCCUUUUUAUAAGAUAAUUUGGGAAGCACAACAAUUUGGACACAUUCAAAUAAUUAGAUGAAUUCAAGACUAAAUGUUCCACCAAAGGGAACUGGGCAAAAUAUUUUUGUCUUUUUUCCAAAUGGCUGUAUUAUUAUUAUUAUUAUUAAUAUUAUCGUUGUCUACUUGACAACACUUUUUACCGUUUGUAAAUGUUGAAUAAUUGACAUAGUUUUACAAUAAUGAAUGUCCAACAGAGACUAGUUUUGUGAUGUUUUUGAUAUUUUUAAAAGAAAAUACAUAAUGUAAGCCUACUUGUGAAUUAUUGUAAGAGGAUGAAUGCAUAUUUUGGCAGUUUCUUUAGUGGAAUAUGAAGACUGUUAAAUCAGACUAGCACUUGUUAUGAAUUAAAUUGCAGUUGUGUCUUUAAAACUUUUAAGCGCUAAGAUCUUUUAUUUCAGUAUUGAUUCAUUGACAACCUUAAUUCAUGCAAGGGAAGGCACAGGAAUUUAAGCUCCCGUUUACAGGUUUCAAAUUGAGUUUAAAAUAACAAAAACUAAAUUGUCCUACAUCAUCUUUAAAUCAUAAUUUAGGUUUACAUAAUUUUCCAUCAUUGAGCUACAGUUUAAAAAGUAUAGUUACUUUUAAACAUAUUUUAUCAGAGCUGCCCAAAUGUCAUGCCAAGAUAUUUUUUUUACUGGAUGCAUCUUAAUUGAGUUUAAGGACAACGGAUGCGCUGUUAAAAUGCGGGAGCCAAAAAAAAAGUGAUAAUUAUCCUAUAAAUGCCUGUAUCCCAAACAUAAAUGCUACACUUUGACACUCGUGGGUAACUUGUUACAAUGUCUACUGCUUGUCCAGAAAAAAAAGGCUGAAACUAUUGGAUGUGUAAUUGUUUAGUUGAUCAACAGAAAAUAAAUCAACAACUCAUCUGUUAAUCAGUUAAUUGUUUUAAUCUUUGAACAUGCAAAAAUUAAAUUUUGCAGUUUAAAUGUGAGAAUUGAUCUUAAGAAUUUACAAUGAAUGCUAAUAUGUUCUUUCACUCAGCUGUUGGUAGUCUCUUCUGUUAACUCAUAUUCAGAUCUAGUAAUAAUCUCAAUACGCUAGUAAUUGCUACUGAGAGACACAACAGCACCAAAGCAAACAUUUGAACUCCAGUACCUGUUGUGGUUUCACAGCACUCAAAGAAUGUUCUCUUUAUUCUGCUGUGAUUUUAGGAGGUAGUUGCUGUUUUAGAGUUGAAAUGUAUUGGUUAGAGUUCGUAUUGGAUCAUAGAAGACUGUUGUAUCUUGAGACCAAUAAAUAA